GUUGGAAGAUCCGAGGGCCUCUCGCGGAUGCAGAGUGGGAAGGCAAAAAAUUUCCACCGCUGCUGCGGCUGCCGACGUUGACGAACGGAUAUCAGUAGCGGCGAAGCGCUUCCACAUCCAGCUAUACUUGGAUCUAUAUCGAUGUGGUAUCUCUUCUCUGGAAAGUAGAUUCCUGAAUGAGCAAUUCAACAGGGUUAUGAAGCUAGAGAAACUACUGAUUUGCAACGACCCUGGUCCGUGGAAGGAGGAGUGUAUAUUGAUGGCGAAAGAGGACUACGACGACGAUAUCGAUCUUCCACGAUUACGCAGAGAGUUGGAGACUUUCCACGAUAACCUGUCCGACCGCAAAGUGCAGUUGCAUAAUUUGGAUGAUGUUCAGCGAUGGCUCCAGG